AUGAAGAAAUUGAAAAGUUAUUUAUUGACUGUGUUGUUAUUGAAUGUAACAAGUUGGGUGUCAGCAAGUUCUUUAUUUCCACGUGUUAACACAUCAGAAGGUGAAAAUUUGGAAAGAGCAGAGACCUAUAAAGUGAGAGAUCCAUUCUAUGCUUUGGAUGAUCCUUCAGUAAAUCGUGCAACAUCUGAACAUUUUCAAAUUAUUUGGGGAAAUGGUGAUACAACUGGAACUGUAAAUUCCGCGUUUGUUCAAGGCAACUUAAAAAACCUUGAAACCAUCCGUUCGUUUUACAUCGACGUAAUAGGACUUGGAGAUAUCGGAGAUACCAGGAAUCCGUCCCUAUCCGGUCCCUAUAAAUCGAAUGUCUACAUUGCACUUACUGGGCUCGAUAAGGUUAAUGACGGUUGGGCAUAUGUUUUCACAGACGGCGAUGGAUGUGCUUAUCAGGUGAUGAUGCCAGGUGCUAUGCGUGUAGAUCCGCCAAGUUGGGUAGUUCCUCAUGAACUUGCGCAUGCAGUUGUUUUCCAUAAUCGUGGUAUUGUUCCUUUUGUUUGGGGUGAAUCAGUAGCAAAUUACCUGCGUAAUGAAUAUUUGUAUAGUGAUUACUAUAAAUACGGCGAAACAGUCUAUGGUCCCGCCUCUGACUUUUUUCCAGCCUUUUUAUUAAACCCGCAAUCACAUUUUCCGAGUGGUAAGAACUGGUACGACAUAUGGCUGAUUUUCAGUUACAUAAGCGAAAACCCAGACAACAUCGCAGGACUUGGCCAUCAAGCACUAGUAAACAUAAUCACCUACAAACAAGAGAGACCAACGUUUUUUGCAACUAUAUCCGAAGUAACUGGUGUUUCUAUCAAAGACAUACUAGGCGGAUUGAGUAGAAGAUUGGUAACAAUGGAUUUCAAAGCAAAAAAAUAUUAUUUAGAACAUUUGGAUAGCUUUCUAAAAGUUCCGGGACAUUCGAGCGACGUUUACACGACAUUACAAAGUGGAAGCGAUGGUUGGAUGGUUGUUCCUAAUAAUAGAGCUCCACAGCAAGCAGGUCACAAUAUUGUUCCUCUGGGUGUAUAUCGGGGUAAAACUUCUAUUACUGUUAACUUCCAAGGAACGAGUACGGUACCAGGUGCAGACUGGCGAGUCAGUAUUGUUACUGUAACAUCGAAUAGAUCAUCUCGAUAUUCUUCCAUGUGGAACAACGGUCCUAAUACUAUGAAUUUGCAAGGAGAUGAGAAAGCUAUUUAUUUAGUUGUUAUUGCAACCCCAUCCAAUAUGGUAUUCCUUGAUCUUGAAGAAAAUGGCAACACAUUUCCUUAUAAAAUACAAGUAACAACACAAUAG